AUCCUUGAGAACGUUGCCAUCUCUCUGUGCUAAAGAUGGCGUUGGGAGAGGGACGUUUUUGGCUUGGACAUAAGUGUAUUUCUCUCUGUUGAGACGAGGAUACAAUUAGGGAAGGUCAUAUGGAAGAUUCUGGAAUGGAGGAUGACCAUAGAUGUGGUCUAUUAAGCUGAAUGCAUUGUGAUUUCCAAUAAUUGAGACAGUGAUACUAAAAAGCUGUCUACAUUAAUGAAAAGAACAAUGUAGUCAGCUUAGCAUAUUCAACACUGUACAUGACUAAUGCAAAAUUUGAGGCAUCCUGGCAAUGUACUUCUGCAUGUCUGUCUGCAAGAUCUUUAUAAAGCCUUUGAGGAAACUGUAGAUAAAGGAUUCCUGAUAGUUCACCUGUUGCACUUAGUUUCUCUAUAAAAGUUGUUAGUAGAGAUGGAUGUUGAUGAUGUAUUGCCUCCUCUCCCACUGGAGCCCCCGGAAGAUGACCUGUCAGGCAGCCACAAAUGCAUAGCACCUCCACCACCUCCCCUGCAAACGUCCAGUGACGCAGAGGAAAUGGACGUUAGCUCUGGUGGUGAUGGACCCACAAACACCCCGGCAGAGAGCAUAGAGGCGCAGCUCCUCACCAAGGGCUCUCUGACUUUUUGUUGCCACCCAUCAGACGAGCCAGUCCCUGGCGCCUCGUGCCCUAGAACGGCUCGCCACGCUCCUCCGGUCACCAAAUUCCUGCCCGACUUGAAGUUGCUCAGAGACGUCAAGAUUAGCGUUAGCUUCUCGGAUGCUAGCAAAAGCAAAGACAGGAAGGUACUUUACACAGGGGUAGGACAGGGAGGGGACUCUGAGGGAAGUGUAGAGGUUUUGAAUGGUGUGUUGCAUGACUCUGUAGAGCAUAUGGCUAGUCAGGGUUGUCCAGGGGUCAGUGGUAAUGGUGCGCUAGGCACCGGGGCGAAAGGUCAGGAGGUGGAGGUGGACCUAGAGAACAAGGUUGAGUUUGCCGUCCUGGAUGAGUUAGAGGAUUUCAGUGAGAACUUCCUAGAGGCUGAAGACGGAGACCAGGGCGGCUUCAGAUCAGACGUCAUUGCACAACAAGAGCAAACUAACGAAGAGGACCUAAACUACUCUUAUGAGGAGGACUUUGACAAUGACGUAGAUGCGUUGUUGGAAGAGGGUAUGCCAGUGCCCAAAAAGAUGCGGCUGGCAGAAGACAAGUACGCGGGAGACAGUGACCACCAGUCUGAUGGAGAGGCUGGGGUUCAACCAAUGAUGACCAAAAUUAAGACUGUUCUUAAGAGUCGUGGGCGCCCACCCACUGAGCCACUACCUGACGGCUGGAUCAUGACAUUCCAUAACUCUGGCAUUCCAGUCUACCUUCACCGGGAAACCAGGGUUGUUACCUGGUCCAGACCUUACUUCCUCGGAACAGGGAGCAUCAGGAAACAUGACCCUCCUACAAGUAGCAUUCCCUGCUUGCACUACAAGAAAAUGAAGGAACACGAGGAACGGGAGCAAAAUGGCGAGGUGAUUGCCAACUCCCGUGGCUCUCCCUUAAAGCCUGUAGAAGAGGGGGAUCUUCAGGAGAGGGUGGAUGAACCGGACUCUACAGCCCCGGAAGAGAGCACUGCCAAGGCCGCGGAUGACCCCACACUGGUGUCUGGGGAGGCCACGGAGGCCCAGCCUGACGUGAAGGAGCCUCAGGUCCACGAGAUGGCCCAGGGGGCUCUGGGCCAGGUUAGGGCCAAAGUGGAGGUCUGCAAGGAUGAGUCGAUUGACAUCGAAGAGUUCCGCGGCUAUCUGGAGAAGCGCUUUGACUUUGAACAGGUGACUGUGAAGAAGUUCCGCACGUGGGCAGAGCGCAGGCAGUUCAACAGAGACAUGAAACGGAAGCAAGCGGAGUCCGAGAGGCCCAUCCUGCCAGCCAAUCAGAAGCUCAUCACCCUCUCGGUGCAGGAUGCACCAACCAAGAAGGAGUUUGUGAUCAACCCGAAUGGGAAAUCGGAGGUUUGCAUUCUGCAUGAAUAUAUGCAACGUGUACUUAAGGUCCGACCUGUUUACAACUUUUUUGAAUGUGAGAACCCAAGUGAGCCCUUUGGAGCCUCUGUCAUCAUAGAUGGAGUGACAUACGGCACAGGGACCGCAAGUAGUAAAAAACUGGCCAAGAAUAAAGCUGCUCGAGCUACACUGGAGAUCCUCAUCCCUGACUUUGUGAAACAGACUUCUGAGGAGAAGCCCGUUGAAGGAGAUGAACUGGAGUAUUUUAAUCAUAUCAGUAUUGAAGACUCAAGGGUGUAUGAGCUGACCAACAAAGCAGGCUUACUUUCACCGUAUCAAAUUCUUCAUGAGUGCCUUAAAAGAAAUCACGGUAUGGGUGACACAAGCAUCAAGUUUGAGGUUAUCCCUGGGAAGAACCAGAAAAGUGAAUAUGUCAUGACUUGUGGCAAGCACACAGUUCGUGGAUGGUGCAAGAACAAGAGAGUUGGCAAGCAGCUGGCCUCUCAGAAGAUCUUGCAGAUGCUCCAUCCCCACGUGAAGAACUGGGGAUCACUGCUACGCAUGUAUGGCAGAGAGAGCAAUAAGAUGGUCAAAAAGGAGAAUUCAGACAAAAGUGUGAUUGAACUUCAGCAGUAUGCCAAAAAGAACAAGCCAAACCUGCAUAUCCUGAACAAACUUCAAGAUGAGAUGAGGAAAUUGGCUAAGCAGAGGGAAGAGACCAGGAAGAAGCCAAAAAUGACCAUAAUGGAAUCUGCCCAGCCAGGUAGCGAGCCGCUGUGCACAGUUGACGUAUAGAACGUUCCCACAGACCAACUAGCACUGUCCACGGUACCCGAUUGUCCAGAAGAAAAGCAACAAGUCUAAGAGUGAUUACUGAAUUAUGCAUCGUCAUUUAGUGUACAAAGGCAAUAUAUGUUUUACAAUUAUGGAGGAGGUCAUUUCAGAAAACCGAGCAUGCAUUCCGUUCACCUGCCACCUUAGCCAAGGACGUAAAUGCAGUCAGAAGAAAAUUCUGCACUAGGAUAAGGUGUUGAACAUCUUAUACCUCUGAAUGCAUUUUCUGUACAGCACUUAAGCAUCUAUAGAUAAACCACAAGUUCAUAGUAUUUAUUUAUCCCAAUUCUGCUGACUGAAAACUAUCCACCACUAUUUCCUGUUUUUACAAAAGCAUCAGCAAAAUCAGGAACUCCAUUGAUUUUUCCUGAAGUUGUGUGUUGGUUUACACUUGUCCAAUUUCGGUGUAGGAUGCUGAGUAAUCAAAACAAUCUGCUCUUUGCUCUAAGGGUUGCCAUUUGAUCUUCUACAUCAUUUUUUUUUUUUGUCUAUGAAUAGGUUUCGUGUUUUGUGUUUCUUCACCUCUUUUAAUCAUGCUUUGGUGGUAACCAGUAGAAUCAAGCACCUGUAUUGAUGUGAAGUUUGUGGUAGCAUUGUGUACACAGUGAUGCUGGUGGUGUGUAGGAUGCUAGGGUCAUGACUGGUGAACAUAACAUGGCAGACCUUCAUUUGCAUGUUUUUUUUUUUUUUUUUUGCAUUUGAAGUGGAGUUUUUGUUGUUGUUGUUGUUGUUUUGUUUUUGUUUUUGUCUUAUUUUAAAACCUGUUUGAACCCUGCCCACAAUCUGCAGUGAUAUUACUGUUUUGCUCUUAUUGCAAAACUUGUAAAAGUAUGUACGAUGCCUUUUUUCCCCCCCCUUGUUUUGUGGAAACGCAGGAUGAAACAUAUCAAAGGACAGCCAAUUGUGCUGAUCUGACAAGCUAUAAUUCUUGCUUUCCAUUGGCACUGCGGAGAACACAAAGCACCAGAGCUUUCAAGUACUGUAGUCUUUGUGGCUGUGAAGACUUGUAGGUCGAAGGCGUUGAGCUUCUCGGUCCCUCAUCGUACAUUUUUAUAUAUCGCCUUUAAUUAAAAAACACCUGCAAUGAGUACUUAAGACAAGGACGCCAAGUCCAGAGAACAUCAGUAUUGCCCAUUUUACAUGAACUUCAAAUAGACAGUUUGAUGCUGGUGUUUGUUGCCUUAGUCUAUCUCAAUCUCUUCAAUGUCCAACACAAGGGAAAUAUAAGACCCUUUUACUUGAGUCUUUGCUGAUGGUGAAGCUACCUAGAAACUAACAGCAGUGCAAUGAAAUGGGAGUUG